GCAGCCGAAACCGGGAGGAGGAAACAAUAAAAACACAAGCCAGCCAAGUCUUUCUGAUAGUUGUACAAUGAAGAAGCGACUGUGAGGUGUUGUUGGACUUUUGUGACGAUGAUCCGGACACUCAGCGGCGCGACUUUUAGGGCUGUUGGAGCAGCGCAGGCGUUAAAAGACGUUACAACCAGACGGCUGCACAGCACAUAUGACGUGGCCGUGGUGGGAGCUGGCAUCGUGGGCCUGGCCACGGCCAGAGAGCUCAUUCUGCGACACCCGUCCCUCAGCUUCGUCCUGCUGGAGAAAGAAAAAGAGCUCUCUAUGCACCAGAGUGGGCACAACAGUGGAGUCAUUCACAGCGGGAUCUACUACACGCCGGGCUCGCUGAAGGCCCGUCUGUGUGUGCGAGGAGCCACUUUAGCCUACGAGUACUGCGACAAGAAAGGACUCCCUUACAACAGAUGUGGAAAGCUCAUCGUGGCUUUGGAGCAGGAGGAGAUACCCAGACUGCAGGCUCUAUACGAGCGCGGCAAGAAGAACAAUGUGCGUGACCUCAGUAUCGUGGACGCCAAGGGAAUCCGAGAGCGAGAGCCGUACUGCAGGGGUAUAAUGGCGUUAGAUUCGCCCUACACCGGCAUCGUGGACUGGAGGAAGGUGGCUCUCAGGUACGGACAAGACUUUGAGGAGGCAGGCGGCACGGUGGUCACUGAAUCUGAGAUCAGUGACAUUUCUAUGGUUAAAGAGAGCCCAGCUGGGAGCACUGAAGGAAUGAAAUAUCCGAUCGCAGUCAGAGACAAAAAGGGUAACGAGGUGCGGUGUCGUUACGUCCUGACCUGUGGAGGCCUGUACUCAGACCGCCUGUCACAGAUAUCUGGAUGCAGCCGGGAGCCUCGGAUCGUCCCCUUCAGAGGAGACUAUUUGGUCCUGAAGCCGGAGAAACACUACCUGGUCAAGGGAAAUAUCUACCCUGUCCCUGACCCUCGUUUCCCCUUCCUUGGAGUUCACUUCACCCCGAGGAUGGAUGGAAGUGUUUGGCUCGGCCCCAACGCCGUCCUCGCCUUCAAACGGGAGGGAUACAAACUGUACGACUUCAAUGUUCGAGACUUUGCAGAUGCUGUCUCAUUCAGGGGCCUUCAGAAGCUGGUACUGAAGAACAUAACUUAUGGGAUUGGAGAAAUGUAUAGAGGGAUUUUCAUUAACGCACAGGUUAAAAUCCUGCAGAAGUACAUCCCUCAACUCUCGCUGAGUGAUGUGCUCAGGGGUCCUGCAGGAGUUCGAGCUCAGGCUCUCGACCGAGACGGAAACCUUGUGGAUGACUUUGUGUUCGAUGGCGGGGUCGGGGACGUGGGCAGCCGGGUGCUCCAUGUACGUAACGCUCCCUCGCCUGCAGCCACCUCCUCCCUCGCCAUCGCUGAAAUGGUUGCAGACGAAGUGGAGAGUCGCUUCGCACUGUAGAGAAACACAUCGCAGGAGGAAAAAAAAGAGAGUCAACAUAAUACAGCUUAAAGUCAAACUUAAGCUGUCACUACCUCAGCAUCACUGUCAUCGUGGAGACAUUUUUAUUACAGGUCAAGCCUUAAUUUAGGGGGAGGAAGUAGAAAUAUCGUUGACUUGAUCACAUUUUCACGACUGUUUUUACCUUAGUCGUGCUGUUUUAAGUUGCAUAAUAUGUUUACUCCACCACAUUUCAAGUAAAUAAUCAUUUUUCUAUGCACUUCUGUAUAAAAAAGAAAGUGAAAAUGUUAAACGCACAAUAUGUAAUUUUCUGGUGCCAGCGGACUCUCAAUCAAAUCAAUAACAAAUGAUUGAGUUUGGUGAAGUUGCAUGGGAUCAUGGGAGUUGUAGUCUUCACCACUAGUGCCAUGAUUGCAGUCCGUCUUCAGUUAUCAUUCUUCAGGUUUUUGCCGAAUUAUCCACAGAGGUGUCCUUUUCAUUAUUAAUGGACCUGGUGAUUAAAACCAGUUAAAACACUGAAUAACAUGGUUUCAUGUUAAAAAUCAGUGUUUUUCCAAUGCUAUUUGGUGGACACAGGACGUCCCAGAGGGGCUGAAAGUCAAGCUGCUGCUAACGUCUAAUCAGCUUGUUUUUCUGACAUCUUAAGAUCCAGACAACUAAAAUCCUUCAUUCGGUUAUAAUAUAAAAUUGUUAAUGUCCAAGAUCUGAAAACUGCAAAAAUGUUGAUUUUGAUGUUGAUUAAAAUGCACAACUCAACAAAAUAUGGAAAACUGAUUUAGUUGUUUUUAGACAUUUUAAUGCAGAAAAGUUACAUAUUAAUGUAUAUUAAAGUAGUAAGUAUUAAGGUAUUUUAAAAACGGUUCAGCAUCAAUAACAUCAGUUUUAACAAUCUGUUUUGGAUGUGAACAUAGUAUGAGAAGGUUGGAUGUCGUUUAUUAAAAAAAAAAUGCUGAAACUAAAUGAAACGCACAGUUGUAACUGCAGAGCGCACAAUUAAUAAAGUAAACGGGUUGUUUUUGGGAGGCAUUUAUUCUGCCAAAAUAAUAUUAAAAUUAAAGAAACUUUAAAAUCAUAUCUACACAAAAUUUUCUCGUCAUAUGUCAUAUUUACAUUGAUGUAAACUGAGAACACUUUGCUGUUGUUUAUGUGUGUUUGUGGGUGAUAUUUUCAUAUAAUUCUACUUUGAUUUGCUCUUUGUUAUAGCUUCAGAAGCUUCACAGCUUGCUAAAUAUAUCAACCAAUGAAUGAAUGUUGAAAAAUUUUGUAUUUUUGUAUUUUCAAAUGUACCAAAGUUGAGGUUUGUGCCAUGUGGCUUAUAAAUAAAGCCUUUAUAUUCUGAAGAAAUAGAAGCAAAGCAGAUUUUUUUUGGCAAAACUUCAGCUUAUUCAAAUGAGUGUGCUUGGAGAGAAAACUUUAUUGUGCUACAUUUUUGCUUUUUUUUUGGUACUUUUUUACUUUAGCAGCAGUUCCUUUUGUUAAUGCUGAAUGAGGCACUUAUUCAGUUUGUCCACAAGGAGGCAGAAUCACAGCAACAAACAUACUGUAUGAAGCCUGAUGCAUACUUUUGAUGCUGUUGCUAGAGCUUGUUUUUACUGUGUAUGCCUUGUAUAAUGAGAUGGAAAUAAAGCGGAUUUAUUUGCA